AUGCAAAAGCCUUCUAAAGUAUUCGGCAGUCGUCUUUACCUUUAUUUCGAACUAAUGAUGUCGAUCAAUCAACUGUGCGGGAUCGCUUUCGUGAUUCUCAGUGGCUACCUGUUUAACACAAUGGGAUGUGGAAUAAAAUGGCCUUCAAAAGGUAACUACGGUGGUGUGAAUUUUCAUGGAAUCUUUAUGGCUUCAGGAUUGGUAUUUUUUCAAGGCGAAGCACUACUCGCGUAUCGAUUUUAUCGAUACGAUACGAAAGCGCUCUCAAAAUUUGUACACGUUGCAUUUCAUUUACUGGCGAUAGCUUUUUUCUCAACGGGACUCUCAGCAAUGAUUAUUCACAAAAAUAAAUCGGAUAUCGACCACUUCAAAUCAGUUCACAGCUGGAUUGGAAUUGGAGUGAUGUUCGUUUACGUUGUUCAAUUCACUUUCGGACUGGUGAAUUUCUUGCUGCCCGAGUUAUUUGAGAACACCAAGAAAAUGUUUUUGCCCGUACAUCGCAUGGUGGGCUGUGUACUGUUUGCGACCAGUGUCGUACAAGCAACUAUUGGAUUUAUACAGUACAAUGGAUCGUAUGGAAAAUGUCCACAAGACCGUGAAUCUCCUCUGGUAUGUGGAAAAUUCAAUUUCAUCCUCAAUUUUGCGAUCAUCUCGCUGAUCCUUUUUGGAGUUACCGUACUACUACUAGUGAUACCACCAGUAUGGCAACGGAAGAAAACCCCGGAGGAGACAGAGUAA